AUGUCACAGCCUCAACCCAACCAGGGCGGCAUCGUCGACCCUCUCGACCUCCUUGACUUCUCAGAGUACGAUGGAGUUGCCUACCAGUCUCCUUCGCCGUCCACGAGCAGCAAGUCCCAGUUCGCCCCAGGCGCUUCAGCCUCCAUGUCUGUGACACCACCAACAACGCUUCCAUCGAGCCAGCCCAUGUCUGGCCCGAGCCAUCAGUACGACCAGUACAAGCAGCAGACACCGUUCGUCCCCGGUGCGCUCGCCAGCACCAUCGCUGUGAACCAGAGCAACGCCGAUAUCACCGGCUACACCCUCGAGUACAUGAGCCCAGCGGAGGAUCUUUUCGACUUCAACUCCAACCCUUCCCAGGCAGCUGGCACUGCUGACAUGGAGGUGGACUUUGAAUCCUCUGAGAACUCGUUUUACUUUGGAGACUCCACCAUCAACCCCAAUGCCAUUGGUACCUCGCAGACCAUGGCCGCUCCCCAGUCCAGUGUGGGACGAAUGUAUCCGGGCAUGCACCAGCAAGCUGCUUUAGCCAAGGCCCAAGCCCAACAGAGGCAGCAGCAGCAAAUCAUCCAACAGCAACAGCAGCAGAGGCAGAACGCGCCUGCCAAGCAGCAGCGCUCCAAAGCCCCGAUGCCCGCCGAUCCCAUUGUCGAGCAGAAGAUCACUCAGCUGCUCAACUCGAUGCGCUCAAAGGCUGGUGCUAGCGAUGAUGAUGAGCCAUCGAUCCACAUGACCAGACCAAAGAAGGAUGAGGACGAUAUGGACGAGGACGAGAGGCUGCUCGCAAGCGAGGAGGGCAAGAAGCUCAGCAGCAAAGAGAGACGCCAACUCCGCAACAAGGUGUCUGCACGCGCAUUCCGAUCCCGGAGAAAGGAAUACAUCACCCAGCUUGAGAGCGAAAUUGCCACAAAGGUCACCGAGAACGGCGAGCUGCGCGCACAGAACCGUGCUCUUAUGGAAGAGAAUCGCAGACUUUCCGACUUGACCCGCAUGCUCUUGUCAUCGUCGUCCUUCUCAAACUUUUUGGACCAUCUCGGCACCAACCCUGCCGCUGUUCCCCAGCCUCAGCCACAACAACAGGCGGCUAUGGUAGAGCAACGUCAGCCCGAAACACAGCAGGUUCCCAAGGACGUGAACCCGUACAUCGCUGCUUCCGCUCAGCAGGCCCAACCUCAUCAGAUCGGCAUGGCCAUGAUCCCCGAGUCGUCCAUGGGCUUCUCCAUGCUGACUGCCGAUAACUCUGGCUCGUACAGCUACCAGCCUCAGGUCUUCACAGUCCUCGAGACUCCUUCAGUCCCCGAGCUCGACAUCGCUGUCCUGUCUGAGAAGCCCACCCACGUUUCCAAGGAUCACGGGCUCUUCGCUGAAGUGAAGACCAUGGCUCCAGAAAUUGAGGCACCGGUCCCAACCGUUUUGGCUAAGCCAGAGGCACCGGCUGCUGUUGUCACACCUGAGCGCCCUCUGGGUAACCUAGAUGGCGACAUCUAUGAUGACGAGGUCGAUGAGAACGUCUCGGCGGCGCUCGUCUCGAGCCUCUCGUUUCCCACUGUCCGCUCUGCCAAGGAGCAUCAGCACUACGAACUCGUCAAUGCCUCCACAGAAGAAGCCGAUGCGGACUUUGCUCUGAGGAGGAUCGAAAAGCUAUCCGCGAGCCUCGAGGCAUCCAUGGCACGGUUAGAUAUGCUCACUCUUGGUCUCUGA